CUCUCUGCAAGGCAGGACCAGGUUUCUGAACCGAGACCCAGGGACUCAGCAGUCUGUGCAGAAAAUCCAACCUAUUAACCUGGACCAGGAUCCUGAUCAGGAGGUCGUUACCACAACCAAAACUGAGUCAGCAGAGCCUGCGGAGGAGGGGGAGCUGCUGAUCGUCAAGGUGGAGGGAACGAUGGAGAUCGGAUCCACUGACCCCGAGGUGCCAGCAGACGCCUGCCUUAGCAGCAGAGGAGAAGCCCAGACCACCGCAUCGCUCCCCGCUGCCUCGACGGAAGCCAGCGACGGCCGGGCAGCCAGACACCGCAGCGAAACGGAGGGCCAGAGAUGUCUGAAAAACACGAGCAGUGCUCAGCGCAAGGAGGAAAAGAUGCAUGAAGUGCAAGGUGUUAUCCCAGAGAAACACAGUCCUUCCCAAACGCUGCUGGGAUGGCAGCAGAGCAGUGAGACUAGAGACGGGGAGCAGCCAUCUUGUUCCACACACACAGCAGAAACUGUAGCAGGAAACUCAUCAUUCAGCCAAUCCGCCUCUAGUUUCCUCACUCAGUGUGACGUGGUCCAGCCAAGCCCUGUAACUAAGCAUGAUGUUAUUGUGAUCAACUCACUUCCUCAUGCAGCAGAGGACAGCUGCGGCAGUGCGUCAUCUGGACAAGGUGGAGAUGACAGAGCUGAAGAAGUGACACCUCUCAUAGGUCAGGACGACACCAGUGUGAGGUCACAGUAUCAUCCGCUGCUGUGUAUUCAGAUCAAUGAGCAGCCCAGUGAAGCGAUGUUCGAAGGUAACGCAGCCUACAGCCUUUCUACCUAUAACAAUCCCCCGGCUGCCAUGGGAGCAGUGGACUCUCAGCAACAGCAAACCCAGCAUUCCUGGUCUGGAAUCCGGUCGAUGGAAAACUCCCACUUCUCCAGUCAAAACCACCUUUAUCAAGCACCCAGCAAUCAGAGCAAGGAGUCUGGAUCAGCACAGUCCCAGCAGCCCUGCCUUCCCUACGCCUGCAAAUUCUGUUCACGACGCUACGCCCACCAGUGCCAGCUGCGCAUCCACGAGCGUGUUCACACUGGGGAGAAACCGUACCAGUGUGUCCAGUGCGGGAAGAGCUUCGGCCAGGUCUGCAGCCUCAAGCGCCACCAGAUGGUCCACACGGGGGAGAGGCCCUUCCCCUGCCCCCACUGUGGGAAGCAGUUCUCCACCUCUACCAACCUGAAGGUCCACCAGAGCGUCCACACCGGGGAAAAAAGGUUCCACUGCUCCAAGUGUGGCAAGAACUUUUCCUUCCUCAGCAACCUCAUCAGGCAUCAGGCUCUGCACCUGGCCAAGUAGAGCAGGUUACACAGGGAUGAGUCUGCUUCAUAAUCACCCUGCGCUGUGUGUGUGCCUCAGGGGACAAAUUAACAUUAUAUGACAUUAAGCUGUUCAGGUGUUCAUGAUAUUGUGUCAACCCCCUGUAGAUAGAACAAAUAUGUCUGGUCUUCAUUUCAGCAGCAUUUGAUCCUCAUUUCCUUAAACCUUUUUUCUUUGGAAAAUGUUUGAAAAGUCUUGUAUAGAAUUUGGUUAUUAAAAAGAUCUCUGACAGUUAA